GAAACUCUCCCUGAUCUUCAUCUUACUUCCGGUACAGUGUAUCUCUCCCUGGAAUAAGGCGAGUGUUAGGAAAGAAGGAAGGAAGAGCAGUUUGUUAGUAUAGGCAUGUUAUAAAACCACAUGAAUGCCUGGGUCAUUGUCCUUCUCUAAAGGACAGAUAGGACACUUUGAAAUGUUUGGAAGUUUGGGAGACUUCAGAAGUGUGGCGUGACGGGCAGUUUCUUCUCUCUCUCUCUCUCUCUCUCUCUCUCUCUCUCUCUCUCUCUCUCUCUCUCUCUCUCUCUCUCUCUCUCUCUCUCUCUCUCUCUCUCUCUCUCACACACACACACACACACACACACACACGGAGCUCUGGAUCAUUUAGGCCAGUUGGAGCUAUCGUUAGCCAGUCAGCUAACCAUUGCUAGCCUCUUUUAGGGGAGUGAGGCGACAUUUCACUGUACAAACCAACACUGGAUGGGAAUAAACGUGUAAUUCAACGCCAGGAAAAAGAAAACUACAAAAUCAACAUAGACUACAUUUGCUUUGAUUACCAGUCUGUCUGGAACUAGCCACACAGGAACCAAUAUGAGUACACCAAGUUCAGGCCGAAAACGUGCACAGAUCAAGGACCGAUUCUCUGCUGAGGACGAGGCCUUAAGUAGCAUAGCACGAGAGGCAGAAGCAAGACUUGCAGCAAAGCGAGCUGCCAGGGCAGAAGCACGAGAUAUCAGAAUGAGAGAACUGGAGCGACAACAGAAAGAGUUCACUUCCCACCAAUCAUCUUCUAGUAAAAAGUGGGGACAAAUCCAGCAGUGGAUGGCUGACACAGAAAAGGCCCGCCACAGCAAUCAAUCCAAAAGCCAGAGUCGCAGAAAGGGCCUCAAAGAUGAUGCCAUGUCAGUCCACAGCAGUGGAAGUUACAGGUCUUCUGCCUCAUUGCUGCUAGGCAACUUGCAUUACUCCAGCCUCACGACCAGCUCUAGGAAAAAAAGUUUGGUGUCUGAUGGCAGAAGUUCCUCUUUGAAGAGCUCUCAUUCCACUAGCUCAGUGUAUAAUGACCUUCAUAGGAAGUCUGCUUCCUCCAGGAAAAAACCUGACCUACUGACAGGAUUGUAUUAUGACCAAACAAAAUAUAGCAGUCUAGGAAGUUCCAAACUGCCUCCACCUCUCUCUUCUACUGCUGCUACCCAUCAGCCCUGGGUUUCCAGCACUACCUCUAUAGGACUUACGCGCAGCCACAGCGCGGCCUCAAUAAGUGAUGCUAGUCUCUAUGGGCCAUAUGGUUCCAGAGCUACGUCUGAAUACAGCUGGUGCUCUUCUGGUGCUAGUUCGACUCGCAGUAGUCCAGUGUCCUCGUCUGAUGACGAUUCUGCCAGCACUACAUCUCAGGAUCACAUCAAACAUGGAAGGAGGGAUAGUGUGUCAUCUGAACUUUCUGACAUGAGUGAGACUGCUGCUGACUAUUUCAGCCGUUCAAACCGGAGAGGUAGUAUUAUUUCUGACCUAGAUGAUCUGAGCAUCCCAGAUCUGGACAUUUUGGAAGAAAAAUGUGACAAGCAGUACUCGGAUCCCUUCAGUCGUCCAUCUUCUCGAUGUGCCACUCCAGGCCUCUCUGCUGCCACACUGGCCACUCUUGGUGGUACUUCAUCCAGAAGAGGCAGUGGGGAAAUGUCCAGUAUUGUCAUUGAACCGGAUGCUUCUUUGAGCGAACUGAGGGACAUCUAUGAUCUAAAGGACCAGAUUCAGGAUGUAGAGGGGCGAUAUAUGCAGGGUCUUAAAGAGCUGAAGGAAUCUCUGUCUGAAGUAGAAGAGAAGUAUAAGAAGGCCAUGGUAUCUAAUGCACAACUCGACAACGACAAGGCAAACCUCAUCUACCAGGUGGACACACUCAAGGAUGUCAUUGAGGAAAUGGAAGAGCAGAUGUCAGAGCUGAGCCGGGAAACAGAGGAGAAGUCAAAAGAGAUAGAGAGGCAAAAGCAUACAUGUUCAGUCCUGCUGCAUAAACAAGAGGAGCUAAAAGAGGGAAUCCGUCAACGAGAUGAACUUAUUGAGGCAAACCAGAACUUUCAAUUCAAGUUAGAUACCCUCACAAGGGAGGUGUUUGACCUACAGGAAACUGUUAACUGGAAGAACAAAAAGAUUGCGGCCUUAGAGAGACAGAAAGAGUACUUUGAUUGCAUUAGGAAUGAGAGGGAUGAGCUCAAAGAUGAGCUGGCUGAACUCAAGGGGAAAUCCAAAUCUGUAGAGAAACAUGGACUGGUUAUCAUUCCAGAGGGCACGGCCAAUGGGGAUGACAGUCGAGAAUCCCACACCUCAGUGAUCUCUCUUGUCUCUCAGGAAUCUGCUCAGGUUCUAGAGUCAGCUGGGGAUGGUCCUCUGGAUACUCGACUACGAAAGCUUGCUGAAGAAAAGGAUGAACUUUUAUCCCAAAUAAGGAAACUAAAAACACAGCUACAGGAUGAGAGACAGAAACAUUCUAAGAUGGAAAGUGUUUACUCAGAGGGAGAACGUCUAGAAAAUGGCACUGACUUGAACAUAAUUGAAAUGCAGAGAGAUGUCAACCGACAAAUUAGUGAAUAUAAAUUCAAACUUUCAAAGGCGGAACAAGAAAUGGGCACAAUGGAACAAAAUAUAAACAGACUUGAAGCUCAGGUGUUAAGAUACAAAGCAUCAGCUGAUAACUUUGAGAAAAUUGAAGAUGAACUAAAGGCAGAGAAAAGAAAACUUCAGCGGGAGCUACGUGGUGCACUUGACAAAAUUGAGGAAAUGGAGAUGACCAACAAUCACUUGGUGAAGAGACUGGAAAAGAUGAAAGCAAAUCGCAAUGCUCUCCUCUCACAGCAGUGAUAAGAUUAGCCUUGGACUAUUCUUUCAAAACAGUUCUUAAAUAUCUGUCACAGCAAAUUUCUGUCACAUGGAAAAUGCUGUUUUUGCCACCUAACACUUCACAUCUAUGGGAAACAAAAAUAAACACUUGGUAAUAACAGAAAAUACUUUAAAUUUUUUCACUAAAGAUAAAAGUUUGGUGCACACUUCAGUUUGCCUGGAAUAGAGAAAGUGAUUUUUUUUGGUUUUUUUUUAAUCAACCCAAGGGUGUUUUCCUGACCCCACCCCAAAACCCCACCCCCACCAUUGGUUUUAUGUCUUGUGUUUGGAAAGCUUUGUAUAUCAUGGUUUUCACCUGGGUUAUAUUGCGUGGAUUGGGUGCUUGAUUCUUCCUAAUGUCUUCUGCUUCUGCAAUAGGCCGCAUGAAUGAGUGUAAAAAUGUAUUUUAAAUUACUUCACACAACUGCUGACAUUUAUGAAUGUUUGCAACACUGUGCCUUUGUUUAACAUGGGAACUGAGGGUUUGCAUUAUAAAGAAAUGGUAUCGGUACAAAAAAUUAUUUAAUGUAAGUAUUCAGUCUGAUGUGAUGGUAUAAAACAGUUCUCUAUGGUUUCAGUGGGGUUUCAAAAAUAUUAAAAAUAAAAAAGUAAAUUGGA